AUGAGCGACUCGUCGAAAUCGAUCCAUGAGGAACAGCAGCUGGAAACUCCUCUACUCGUCGAAGAUCGUCGUCAUCGUCCUGAUCAGGACGAUGACGACACGACGACCACCACCACCACGACGUGGCAAGCAGAGCUGGUGCGGGAGCUGAAGAGGCAGAUGAAGGUGGCCGGGCCGUUGGUGGUGGUGAGCUUCCUGCAGUACAGCUUGCAGCUGAUAUCGGUCAUGUUCGUCGGACGGCUGGGUCAGCUCGCUCUCUCCUCCGCUUCCAUGGCGACUUCCUUCGCCGGAGUCACCGGAUUUGGCUUCAUGAUGGGGAUGGGCGGCGCGCUGGAGACACUAUGCGGACAGGCCUACGGAUCGGCCCAACACCACCACCUCCUGGGCCUCCAUCUCCAGCGAGCCCUCAUAAUAACGACAAUCCUCUCCGUCCCGAUCUCUCUCCUGUGGGCCUAUACCGCGCGGAUCUUCCUCUUCCUGGGCCAGGACCCGCAGAUCUCGCGCGGGGCCGGCCUCUACGCCCGCUUCCUCAUCCCCAGCAUUUUGCCUUACGGCUUCCUCCAGUGCCAGCUCAGGUUCCUGCAGGCCCAGAACCUGGUCUCCCCCUUGAUCCUCAGCACGGGCCUCGCCACCGUCUUCCACGUGGGCCUCUGCUGGGCCCUCAUUUUCCGGCUCGGGUUCGGCAACGAAGGGGCCGCGCUUUCUGUUGCGGUGUCGUACUGGGUCAACGUCGUCGUUUUGGGGGUGUAUAUUGGGUUCUCGCCUAGUUGUCGGAUGACGUGGACUGGCUUCUCCUGGGAUGGCGUUAGGGGUCUUUGUGGGUUUCUCAGGCUUGGUGUCCCCUCUGCUCUCAUGGUCUGAUGCAGCCUGGAGUUGUGGUCGUACGAGUUUCUAGUGUUCAUGUCGGGACUCCUCCCCAAUCCCAUGCUCGAAACGUCCAUGAUGUCCCUCAGCAUAAGCACGACGUCGGUAGCAUUCAGGAUUUCCUUCGGACUCGGCAGUGCAGUCAGCACCAGGGUGUCAAAUGAGCUGGGUGCUGGGCGGCAGAACGCGGCUCUGGUGGCGGUGAGGGCGGGAACUUUCCUGUCAAUGGCGCAGGGCCUCUGCCUCAGCCUCAUUCUGAUCUCGGUGCGCGACGUCUGGGGUUUCCUCUACACCAACGACCAACAGUUGGCCGCCUACAUGGCCAGAGUCAUCCCUGUACUCGCCCUCUCCAACUUCAUGGACGCAAUGCAGGCCGUUUUCUCAGGUGUUGCGAGAGGGUGCGGGUGGCAGGUGAUCGGAACUUAUGUUAACCUGGGAGCUUACUACCUGGCCGGCCUCCCUGCAGCCAUGGUUUUGGCCUUCGUUUUCGGUUUCCGCGGAAUGGUACAGUACUGGUUUGUGGAUGGGUAUUAUCUGCGGGAGUUCUUUACAAGCCUGUCUGCUAUUCGCCAUUACCAUGAACACAAACUGGGGAAAACAAGUACUCAUUACCCAUAUUUUUAUCAUAUACUUCCUUGCCUUUCAGUCAAUUCUCUGCUCUGCUUGAAUGCUGCUGGUAUUGUUUUUGUCCUGAACAUUUCCUUGGGUCCGUCCUUUUUUUCCCCAUUCUGGACCUUACAGGUAAAGAAGGCCAAAGAGAGGCUGUACGCUUCAAGUUAUUUGUCAACAGAGACGACUGGUGCAGCCACAAUACCUUAG